UGUUAUUUACGAUAUCUGUUAAGUUUCGGUUCCACUUUCUGUUCUGGAUAAGUGAAAUUAUCAUCCCCAACACAAGUAGUGUUAGUAACCACUCAUCCCACUCUAACUAUGGACGAAGAAGAGCUGAUUUUAUGUACUCACUGCAAUAAAGAGGUGGCGAAGGCAAACUACGACCUGCAUGAACCACACUGUAAGAGGUUUCUGUGUAUAUGCCCUGACUGCGAUGAAACUGUGCCUCGAGAUCAACUGGAGGAGCAUAAAACCGAACAGCACACAGAGGUAAAAUGUAAGAUGUGCAAUAAAAAGAAGGAGCGAAGGCAUCUGUUGGAUCAUGAGAAAGACGAGUGCUCCGAGAGGCCUCAGAUCUGUGAGUUUUGUCAGCUUGAGCUUCCUCUCAGCAGUCUAAAAGUGCACAAAGUGUCCUGUGGGAGUCGCACAGAACGCUGCUCUGACUGUGGCCGGUACGUUAAACUGAUGGACCAGCUUGAUCACGCUCAGAUCUGCUCUACUACCACCCCCACAACGUCAAAGGGCCUUGUCGCUGAAGAUGAUACCUCUGACACAGAUGAGCUGACCAUGCUACAAUGUCAGAAUUGUCUGAAAUACAUUCCCUCUGACAUUCUGAAGGAGCACAAGCUGCUUUGCAAACAGUCCUUAAAUUGUGCAGAUGUUGAGGAUGAUGACUCUGAGGAUGAAAAACCCAGUCCUGGAAACGUCAGAGCUGCAGGUUUCUCCUUCUCAUCAUUGCAAAAGAAGAAGAGAGAAACAGAAGACAGAAACAUUGACCUGGAUAAGAUAAGCACCUGUCCGCUCUGUCAUCUGGCUCUUCCUGUAAAGACACUCGAAUGGCAUGAGACAAAAUGUGAAUUAUACAAACAUCUGAGCCUGGCAUGAUGGCUGGUGAAAGAAAAGCUAAAUAUGGUUGCUGGAAACUCCAAUCACCAAUCAUCAAUCAUCACAAUGCUUCUUAUAAAUCACCAUUGUCUGCUUUUAAUUAGAAAAUUUUAAAAUUGACUUAUUAGGCCAAGUGAAGGACAAAUGAUGCAAAAGUUUUAGACAUCCUGCGUGAGGGUACUUUAUGUGCAUACUUUAUUGGUUUUUUUUAUGACUAUUAACCCUUUUUAUGAUGCAGUUGUUUGGCUCUUUCAUACUUGUUUUUGUUUAAAUGUUACUGCGUGUUAAAUCCGGACAAACCUCAAACCACAGCAAAAAAUAAAGAUAACACAAGACAAACAAA